AUGCCUCCUCCAUACAAUAAUUCGUGGUCUUACUUCAAAAUAGAUGCCUUUGCAUACAUCAACGCUAACCGAAACUGGACAGUGGAGGAGCGAAACCAUACAGUUUCUACAAUCUGGGCUGGAAAUGUGAACGUCCAGAAUCACUAUAAUGCAUUAACGUGGGUUGGAGAAGUAAGGGCGGCAGCCACUCCUGGCCUACCUAACCCAAAUCCUAUACCAGCGAUACCAUACACAGCUGUGUCACUUGCAUAUGCGAAAGCUAGAGGGAAACUACCUUCUUCAACGCCAUCACCAUUAUCAUCAUCAUCGUCAUUAUCACCCUCUGGACCUGGACCUGCAACUCAGCACACUAAUUCACAACUGGACGACUUUUGGCCAAAGCGGCCAUGGUCUCCUGAACCCAAGCUACCGCUCUAUGACUUAGAUAUGGUCAAGGCAAAUAGUGCUUCAAGAGAGGCUUGGCUCAGCACUGAACCACAUAUGCCCCCACCAAAUGAUGGGUCUCAGUGGCGCGGUGUCCAAGUGCUGGGGAAAAUGGUGAUCAAGGAAGCCAAGCCUUUCACAGCUAGCCAAUGGCGCGACCCAAAAAACUGGCAUGACAGAUUGCCACGCGAGAUUAGGAUACACCAGCUGGUUGAGGAACGGCGCAGCGUAGAGCCUGAUUCGUGUCGUCACCUCGUCCGUUCCCGUGGUCAUCGGCUCUGGAUGCGGUCGAGACGGUAUAGGUUAUACCUGGAUUUUUAUCCUGGAGGUGACCUGAGGAGGGCAAUGAAAAACUAUGCUGAGAACUGGACUAAAGAAGAAGAAGAUUCUGAGUUCAAUGGGGAGGAAGAUCUUUUAGAGGGUUUUAUAUGGGGGACACUGUCAGAUAACGAAUUGUUCGGAUGGAAGCCAAUCACGCAUCUCGAUUUGCAGCUACCUAAUGUUCUUCUCGAUAUUUCUAAUCCAAAGGAGGGAAAUUAUACGGGCAGUGAGCCCUCGUACGUGCCUAUUCUUGCUGAUUUUGGCAUCUCCUUUCUCAGUCCUGGGGGUCAUGGCUCCACUCUCUCUGACCCUCCAGAAGACUUUACUCCCAACUUCGACACUCGAUAUCCUCCUGAAAUGAACCAACAACCCUCAGAUAACAUCAAACUUGGAGAAAAGACGGAUGUUUGGGGCCUUGGAAACAUUGCCUACAAACUAAUCAUGAAUGGCCUAGUCGAUCAGGGUCCAGUCCGUUGCGACGCACACACUCAAGAUGAGGAAUUUGAGGAAUAUGACGGAAAGAUCCCGCUAGCAGCACAGCAUUGGCGCAACCUUUUCCAGAACGAUGACAUAAAUGUCCUCAGUUAUGAUUGUCCAGAAUGUAGGCCUACUGGAUCUUAUACUGAUGAUCUCAAGCAGCUCGUGAGGAAGUGUUUGAACUAUGAACAAGGCAAGAGGCCAACGCUCUUGGAAAUCAUUGCCGAGGCUGAUCAGCACUUUGGUGAGUUCCCCGGAGACAUGGAUGAGCUCAUGGACAAGGGUCGGUAUAACUUGAAGGAGCCCAAUUUCGAGGAGUUUCUGACCGGAGAGGCUAUGGACAUAGGUACAUAG